AUGCUUUUGUAUGCCGUUCUCUUUUUUCGUCAACAGACCGAAUACCUGACACGACUCCGGUCGUGGUUGCCAGAGCCGAUUACGAAGAACUCGGCCGAGGCGAUCGAAGCGGUGAGCUAUCGACUCUAUCGUCGUUUGUCGUCCGCACCCCAUGAUGGCAAAUUCAGACUGACCGAAAACAACACAUUCGAAUUCGAAUCCGCCGAGGACAGUUUCUCGGAGCCCAUGGAUGACGCUGAGCUUGCACUGUUACGUCCCUCGUUUGCCGAUAUCCAGGGAUUGUGUUCGUCGUUCACGACCGAGGAAGAAAUGGACGGAGAAGCUCAGGAAAAAUCGGUCAGUUUGUUGCCCUCCACCAGCUGGCCUUUCACAACGCACGAUACAGUUGUUCAACGGGGUCUUGAAUGGCUCCGCCGCAGUCCAAAGGUUAGCCCUGACAAUUUGAUUACCUUGAGAACUAUUUAUGCCUAUUUGUCUUACUGGUUUUAA